AUGGAAGAAAUGCAGAGAAGACAUGAGGAAAUGCAAAGGAAGCAUGAAGAGGAGAUGGCGGCCGUACGAGCCGAGUGUUUAGCUCAGCUCCGCGGGGAAAAGGAAAAACAGACCGGAGAAGGCAAUAAGGAGGCCCACAGUAGUGCACAAGGUCAAGACGACCGGGGAAAGGGGGAACAGAAGAACACUGAGGAGGAGAAGGAGAAAGGAGAGGAAAGUUUAGUAUUGGUAAAGCCAGAGAUGCCAUCAGUUCCGGUGCCAUUCGUUCAGGCUGUGAUGGACGUCCGCAUCUCUGACCAGUUCAUUCCGCCGCAAUUCAAAAUGUAUGACAGCACCGGAGACCCGAAAGCACACAUUAAGUCAUUCACCAACGCCAUGGCGUUCCGUACGGGGAGCGAUGCCAUCUGGUGCCGGGCGUUCUCAUUGUCCCUCGAGGGCGAGGCCUUGGAAUGGUUCAAUUCCCUUCCCAAUGGCUCAGUAGAAAACUUCAAAGGGUUGAGCGGCAUGUUCACUGAACAGUUCGCCGCGUGCCGACCACAAGAUGUCACUCUAGUUGACUUGAUGAAUCUGAAGCAAGGGAAGGAGGAGCCGCUCAGAACCUUCAUGGACCGAUUCACAAAGACAGUACGUCGUGUCAGAGGUUUGAGCGUGGAGAUGGCCCUGCAGUAUGUGAUGCCGGCUCUUAGGCCAGGACCUUUUAAGGAAAGCGUCUACCGGACCUCACCCAAAACCUUGGAAGAACUACGCCAGCGGGCGGCGGACGAAGCAAGGGUGGAGGAAAUGAAACAAAAUUAUCGAAGGGAAAUGCAGGACGCGAAGGAUAAGAGCGAGGGAAAACAACAGGGUCAACCCCAACGACCAGGCGGUGUGAAGGGGCGAGACGGUCCCCGGGUCCCUCGCUUCCCUCAAUACACUCCCCUCAACGCCCCCCGGGCUCGGAUAUUGCAGGAAGCCCUGAGCACGCAAGUAAUGCGGACCCCUCAAAAGCGUCCUACUCCCCCGGGAGCCGACAGCAGUAAACACUGCCUGUAUCAUCAGAAUAUGGGCCACGACACCGAAGAUUGCAUGACGCUUAAGGAUCAGAUAGAGGAGCUCAUCCAGGCUGGACACUUAAAACAGUAUGUUAGGGGAUACCAGAGCGAAAUGGCGCCUGCCGGACGUCCGGCCCCCCGGGAGAGGAGUCCGAGGCCUUUACCCGACAGAGGUCACAGGGACGACCGUCCGAGACACAAACAUGGUCAAGUCGGACGGGGAAGGAGUUCGGAGAGAAGGAGGGAGAGGAGCAGGAGUCGGAGCAGAAGCCGGGCAGGCGACAACACUGGACCGUUGCGGGGGAUGAUUAACACGAUCUCCGGUGGAUUUGCAGGCGGGGGAACGUCGUCGUCUGCGCAAAAACGGAGCAUCCGUCAUCUGCGGUCCAUACACGCCGUUGACGUUCCUAAAUGA